AUGCGAAGUACUAGUACUAGUACCGCUUAUAAAGCCAUAAGAUACUCAAAGCUAAUCAUCCUAGAUUGUCAAUUGUCUCAAAAGGAAAGAGAACAUGAAAUUCUGGCAACAGGAAGGAAACAUAUUGAAAUCAUCAGCAAGAGAGCCCAGUCUUCAACCAGCAUUGAAACGUUAUUUAACCCUGAUAAAUGUGGACUAAUUCCACAAAUUGUUGUGUUGCAAGGAGCUGCAGGAAUUGGAAAAACCACAAUGGCCAAAAAAAUCAUGUUGGAUUGGGCUUCUCAAGAACUUUACCAUGAUAAAUUUAGUUAUGUUUUCUAUAUUUAUUGUAGAGAGAUGAAUCUCCAUGCAGAUUCAGAGAAGAGUAGCAUUGCAGAGAUAAUUUCAAAACAAUGGCCCAGGUAUCAUGCAGUGAAAAGUGUCAUUCAAAACAUACUGAAGAAUGAAGAGAAGCUUCUAUUCAUAAUUGAUGGGUUUGAUGAAUUCAGGUAUUCCUUUGAUCAGCUUGAAGAUUCCUUUUGCUUUGAUCCCUGGAAGAAGGAACCAAUAAGAAUUAUUCUGAGAAGUUUAUUUCAAAAAAAGCUUCUUCCUGAAUCCUCUCUUAUAAUCACAACAAGACCUACUGCUUUGGAGAAACUCCGUCUAUGUUUAGAACAUCCACAUUUUUUUCAGAUAUUGGGGUUUUCUAGAAAGGAGAGGGUAGAAUAUUUCUACAAAUUCUUUGGAGAAGACAAAGACCAAGCAACUCAAGCUUUAAGAUUUGUUAAACAAAAUGAUACCCUUUUCACCAUGUGUGUCAUUCCCCUUGUGAGCUGGAUCAUCUGCACAGUGAUGAAACAAGAGAUGGAGAGAGGUAUGGAUCUUCAGAAGACACCAUGUACUCUUACUGCAAUCUAUAUGCUGUAUCUCUCUAGUUUGUUAGAUUUUCAUCACAAAGAAUCCAAACAGGAUGUCCAAAGAAAGUUGAAAAGUUUCUGCUCUUUGGCUGCAGAAGGCAUCUGGAAACAGCAAAUACUGUUUAUGGAAGAAGAAGUCAAGAAGCACAGUUUGGAUCAGAAUGACCUCUUCCCCCUCUUUCUGAAUCAAAACAUCUUCAAAAGGGACAUUCACUGUAUUCAAACCUUCAGCUUCAUUCACUUAAGCUUCCAGGAGUUUUUUGCUGCUUUGUUUUAUGUUUUAGAAGAUGGAGAAGAACAGCGUUCUCAAAACCCAAAUAAAAAUUUACUGACACUUUUACAUAAGCAUAGUAUAUAUUUUCAGACUGAUUUUGCAGUAGGAUUUCGCUUCCUCUUUGGCUUUCUAAAUGAAGAAAUUAGAAUGAGAGAGUUGAAAAAAGAAUUUAGAUGGGAAAUUUCUCAUAAGAGUAAAGAGUUAUUACUAGACUGGGUGAAAAAUAACAUUAACAAAAAAAUGGAUAUGAUCGACCUAGAUUGGGUCACGCAAAAUAAUGCCACAUUAUAUUUAUGCAACUCCUUUCGUAAAAGAAUUCAAUUCUAUUUGGAAAAAGAAAUAAUUAGUUAUUUAUAUGAGACACAAGAUGAGAAUUUUGUAAAAAAUGCACUAUGUGCUAUCACUGAAGUAAAUUAUUGCUGCAACUCAGAUAUGGAACUGAUGAUCCUGGCCUAUUGCUUACAACAUUGCCAAAAUUUGGAGAAUCUCUGUAUUCAAAUCGUUACAUCUCUAGAUGAGACAGAGAAAGAAUUAUUUCUUCCAGAAAAUGGGCCUGAUCUGGGCUCUGGAGGCCUGGAAGAAGCCUCCGGAGACCAGAUCGAUCAUGGAGUGAUUUUGCAGGCCUCCCCCGCAGCCCGAUCUGGGCUCCGGAGGCCUUUUCAAAGCCGUCAGAGACUGGAUCCAUAG